AUGUCCGAUUACGAGCGAACAAUCCUCGAAUUCUACCAGCUCCCCACCUCGUACCCCUCGGAAUGGCCUGCGGAGAAAGAUGACGACUCCUCCGGGGACGAAGCCGACACGAAGAAGCACAGCCGGCAAAAGUCGCGAUACCAGGCUCUCGAGGCGGCCGCGGGCGAUGGCAAGGCCGCGGUGGGAAAAGGAGCUGCCAACAACCAUGUUUUGAAGGAUGAACCAGAUCCCUUGGGCACCACAGAUAGUGUCGUCCGUUCGCUGAGAGAAAUUGGCCUCCCGGCACAGGAUGACGUGCGACUUCGCAACCGAUUCAUGCUGUCCUCGACUACUUUUUCGCCGACCCUGUUCUUGUCACAGAUACACCAGCACGCUGACACGCGCACGUUGCUCGAGGGCUUGGAUACGCUUUCGCAGUCAAUCGACCAAAAGUCAGCCUCCCUCAAGGUUCUUGUGGAGAGCAACUUUGAAAGAUUCGUCAAGGCAAAGGCAACGAUAGACAAUGUUUAUAAAGAGAUGAAGUACCGUGGAACCGAGGCCAAUACUGGCAGAUCUUCCAUCCAUGGUCGCCAUUCCAGUCGAACGAGCCUGCGUUCUGGCAGGGCUGGCCUGAACAACCCCUUGGCUUUGUCGUCCGACUCUCGAAAGAAGAACGCGCUGAUAAAAGAGAGCGAAUAUGGUGUUUUGGGCAUCAAAGUUCCCCUACUAGACGUUUCUGCCAAAGCCGAAGAUGUGUGGGGACCAGCUCUAGGAGGUCGAGAAAAGGAGGAACACUUGAGGUCCUUUCAGAGAUACGUACAGCAGUUCAAAGAUCCGCUGGAGCUGAGCACUAUAAUAUCCGACUGCAUCAAGAGGAAAGACUACGAGACCUUGGUUGAGGCAUACAAUCGCGCCAGGAAGUUUGCCGACGAUGCGCGCGAAGUAUCAAAGUACAUUGACCGCCAAAUGCCAGAAGAUGACCAGCUCUACCAAAUCAUGGUCGCGGCCCGGGUAUGGUAUGACGUUGAUCGCCAAAUCCAAAGUUUCAAACGGGAUGCAUGGAAGAGAUUGUCUACCUUACAUACCCUGUCGAAAUCCGAGAGUCAUGUCGGCCGAGGUCCAGACCAGCACAUGGACAUGAUUUCCCUGCUGCUGGAACUUGGCGUCGAAGAUAAUCCAAUAUGGGUGUGGCUAAUGAGUCGAUACGAGUACCUUAAGACCAAGAUUCAGUCAACCGCCGAGCACACAAAGGCCGAAAUUGAGGUGCUUCGCCGAAGGCUGGCGGGUAGCGAGAAGCCUUCGAAUAAGGUUGUGGCCACUCAUCUGCGUACAUUGGGCCGACAGAGCAUCGACAGCAAACCAACCUCGAGCGAUUCUGCGGAUGUCAUUGAGUUGUGGGAAAAGAUGCUUGCUUUUCUGACCGGCCUCAUCUCUCCUCAAGGCAUCCUUGGAGACCUCCUUGAAUUUUGGCAGACUGCACAGGGCUUUAUCGAAGGCAGAAUACAAAGGACGCUACCUACAGGCUACAAUGACGAAUCUCAGGGACACCACCAACUGACACAAAAAAAUGUUGCGGACCUUGAGAAGGGCAUCGUGGAACUGGUAGAUCUGCUGCGUGGACAUGUACAUGACUUCUUUGCCGGAUUGCCCCCUGAAGAUCUUAGUGUGGUCUUCUCGCCGCUCCCUGUCUCACCCAACUCACCGGCUUCAGCUGGCGGUUUUGGCCAUUCCCUGAGCCCAACCUCUACACGCGAUCCUCGAUUCAACUUUGAUCCGAAUAACCCGCCGCCAUCCUCGCCAAAGAAGGGCGAGCCGUGGGAAAAGCUGGCAUUUUGGCCUCCUUGGUCGAACUCCAUCAGUGGAGUGUACUAUCUCUGCAGGAUGUUGGCACUGGUCGGCUCAGGCGCGUCUGACCUUGCCACCAUUGAUCCCAUUCGUUCGGGAAAUGGCCAAGUUCUCGAGCAGCUGAAGGCCUUGACUGGUGUCUCCAGAGAGCGAUGCGUGACGGCUCUGUGCGCUGCAUGGAACCGGGACGCCGAGAACAUCAAAUUCAUAGAAGAUUGGCUACCGUCCGCCGAGUCCGGAGAUGUUACGCGGAUGCCUGCCAGCUUUGCCGCAUUCGAGGGUGCGCUUCUCACCGGCAUGCAAAAGAUUCUCUACAUCUCCGAGGCCAUGUCGAAGCCAGGUGCUGGUGACAUUGUCCUGCCGCCGCCUGCCAAGCUGCUCCAGAUGGUUCGGAGUCAGUAUGUGACCACCUUGUACAAAGCUCUAAGCGGUAUGGUGGAGAAUGCAGAGCGAUCAGUCAAGAAGACUGAAGACGAAUGGUCUAUUGGUCAGGAUGGGGUCAUCUCCAGUGUUGCUGCAUCGUCAGUGGGCAAGAGUACACUUGAUGCCGGAGACCGAAACGUCCGAAUGCUCCUCACCCUGAGCAAUCUGCAGGCCCUACGGUCUCAAGUAGUCCCCAACCUGAACUCGCAGUUCGAGAAUGCAUUUUCCGUCAAGCUCACGGAUGAGUCCAAAACUAUCAAGGACGUGCUCGGUCAAAUCGACGCUCGCCUCUUCCAGUCCUAUACUAAACAAGCUACCGAGAAGCUGCGUGAAAUCAUCCACUCUGGCCUCGCAGACCAUGAUUGGGCACCAGCCCAAGGCGAACGGCCUCAGACAGCGAAGCCAUACGUAUACGAGACGCUUCUGACCCUUGUGCUAGUUCACUCCCAGGUUUCCACAACGGCUGCCUCACUUACGCCUCAGGUUCUUUCGUUCUUGCUUGAGCAGACGUCUUUGCAGCUGUUGGAUGCGUUCCGCAAACGCGCUCGCUAUUCUCUGAGCGCUCUUAUCCAGGCUACGCUCGACGUUGAGUUUAUUGCUCAGACGCUGAGCCAUUACACUACCGACAAGGCCUCGGAGCUACAGAGCCAGAUUUACCAGGAGCUGGACAGCCGUACGGACAAUGACGCCCGCGCAAGGCUGCAGAACGAACUACCUGAGAUGCGUAAUGUGCUCAAGAAGCUCAGGGAGGCGAGCAAGAACGAAUUCGCUUGCUUUAGGAAGCCGAAGCGCUCGGGGCAGGGCGUUUCGCGGGUGGAUAGUGGGAGCAUGUCGCCUACCUAG